AUGGCGGACCUCAGCGCCUAUCGCGACCAGCAGUUCAAAGUGAUUAUUUUCCCUUUGAUCUUUAAAUUUACACUGUUAAACAAACUACUGUUUCAAGGCCUAACGAUAUUUGUUUUGCCCUCCCGGUUUUUAGGGUACGCGCGACGAGUUAGAAAAAAAGUUGGAAACGAGUUCGACAUUGUACGUGGGAAAUUUGUCGUUUUACACAACGGAAGAACAGAUCUACGAGUUGUUCUCGCGAGCUGGGGACGUAAAAAGGAUCAUUAUGGGACUAGAUAAGAUAAAAAAGACUCCUUGUGGAUUCUGUUUCGUUGAGUAUCCUUUGCUGUCGAGAUGAUUAACCUGGUCCCCUGGAUGCAAAGUUUUAGCUUCGCUCUUUUAAAUUUAAUUUUUAUUAUUAAUUUUAGUCAGUUUUAUCAGUUAUAGUUUUUAGUGUAAUGCGCAUUUGAUCAGUAUUGUUUGUUAAUUAGCGCCAUAACAAGUAAUUCAUAUUAUUAUUUUCUUCCAACCCCAUACAUUUAUUAUGCAUUUUCAUGUUUUGGCUCCAUUCAUAUUAACUAAGCUUAUUUAUGUAAUAUAGUAUGAAAUUGCUGCAUGCAUUAUGAGUGUAUGGGGUUUUACGAAAAUCUUGCCAAAAAAAACCCGCUGAUCUUGCUUGGGUUUUGUUCCAGUGAAAAAAGGUUUUCUAUGGGUUGGUUAUACCUUGAACUUUAAAUCCCGUAGUUCUUGAUUCUGAUAAAAACUGCAAACUUUAGCUACAACAUAGAUACUAUACACGCGAGGAUGCUUGGAACGCAGUGUGGUACAUAAAUGGUACAAGACUAGAUGACAGGAUCAUACGCACGGACUGGGAUGCAGGCUUUGUCGACGGACGCCAGUUUGGAAGAGGCAGGAGUGGAGGACAAGUAAGUGCUAAAGAGGUUGUUUACAUAACAAGCAGGACUCACACCAUGAAGAUAAUUGCUAUAGUAAUGAUGUUGAUGGAAUACUGUUUGUGAUGAUUUUGGUGGCUGAGUGUACUGAUGGUUACAUGCAGCUGAUGGUUGUAAAGAUAAUGAUCUUGUUAUUGACAAAAGUGUUAAUGGCAGUGAUGACUGUUAAUGAUAAUGACGAUCAUGGUAAAUAUGACAGCAAUGAUAACUAGGACAUUUAUCAAUGGUCAACAGUUACAAGUUUGGUAAUGACAUUGAACAGUAAUAGUACUGAUUACCAAGCAUAAGGAGCUGUAUAAGAAAAUCAAAGAUUUUUUUGUCCACGACAGUAUUGUGUAAAUAAAUGGUCAACUUUCAGCUGGGGGUUGGGGAUUCUCCCCGCUGCUAAUUGUGUGAUCCCUGGCUACUUUCACUGGGAACAAAUGGAAAAUAGAACUCAACUGCUCAGUUCCCUGCUUAUUACAAUAUACCUGGCAACUUGAAAACUUGUUUAAGUGGUUGCCCUGACUAUAAAAAUAGCAAUAAUAUAGUGAUGGUUGAUGGUGAGACUGAUGAUGGUCUAUAAAUUUCAGGUACGAGAUGAGUACAGAAGUGAUUAUGAUCCCGGUAGAGGAGGAUUUGGCAAAAAAGCUACCAACCAACAGCAGGGUGCAGGAGUCAUUACAAGCCCACCUGUUGCUUAUUCAAAGCGUUGA